AUGGAAAACGGCGACAACGGAAACGCGAGCAAGGAAACGUCGCGUGUUCCGCCGCCACGCUGCCCAACGUUUGACCCGCAGCAGCUCAACCUCUCCGACGCGUCGCCGGUGGGCUCCGGCGCCAUCUCGCAAGUGGUGCACAGCAAACUGAGCUUUCCCCCUUACACCAGCGUAGCCGUAAAGAUCGUUUCGAAGGUUCAACUCCUUCAGCAGAAUAAAACCAACUCGGCGAUGAACGAGAAACGUGCUCUUCUAGAGAUGGGUCCACAUCCUUUUGUUGUUCGCCUCUUCGGGACGGCGCAGUCAACAGAUGAGUUGUACUUAGUCAUGGAGCACCUUCCCAAUGGGGAUCUUCUGGAGCACAUCCGGACCUGUGUUUCACGCCAUGCGCUUGGGGCACUCACUGCGGAGGACACGCCCGAUGCUACUUCGCGAAGGAGGUCAUCGUUGACAGAUACCUCACUUUGUUGUUUAGAUUUUCAUGAUAUUCAACUCAUCACGGCACAGAUCGUUAUUGGUCUUUCACGCGCCUUCAGAAAGGGUGUUAUCCUUCGCGAUCUUAAACCAGAAAACGUUGUAUUUGACCACAAGUAUCGUGCAUGUUUGGUUGACUUUGAUACUGCGGAUGUGGAAGGAAUGUUGCACCUCCCCAGCGCUCUCAGCGAUGAGGGACUGCCUGGGGGUGUAACAGCGAAUAGUAAGGGUGAAACAAGGCGUCGUCUGACUGUGUCUGCUAUACAAGCGAUGCGAAAAGCCUCCGCCAAUUUUUGCGGUACAGCGCAAUACGUGUCACCUGAAAUGAUUGCACAUUGUCAGUGGAGUUACAGCAGUGAUCUCUGGGCUUUGGGCACUAUUGUGUACGAGAUGCUUUACGGCGUCCACAUGUUCUCUGGAUGUAACCCAUAUCUGGUGAUGAAGCAGGUGCUGUGUGGCAUUCACUCCGGCAAUGUUCCUUUUCCAAGUCUGGACCUCGGGCCUGAGUCCGAUGCCUUUGAGCGCGUCAAGGACUUUAUCUUUCGUCUUUGUCGCAUAAAUCCCUUGGAGCGACUAGGAGUCCAUCCAGUUACCGGGCGGUUUGACGAGGAGGCGAUUAGAGGACAUCCUUUCUUCGGAGACUUCUCCUGGAGCUUGCUAGAUGAGCAUGUGCAAAGAUACCGACCCCCUGUCGUUUUAACAACACCGUCAGCCGCGACGUCGUCGCCAACACCAGCUGCGCCGGGCCCACUGCAUCCACAAUUGCUUGACGAUGGCACAACCUCGCUACAGCCACACUACCAUGCUGUUCCAUUGCACAGUAGUGAGUAUGCGAGGUAUGUAUUUGAGGCCACCGCCGACGCGAACCCGUUUGAGCGAUGGGCGCAGGGGACAGUGGAGAAUUCAUGCAGCACCGUGGAGCAGGAGCCUUCCCAGUGCAAGCUAAGUUUUCCAAGGGACGCGCCCAGUACACCGGUCGACGACGAUGGGGAAGACUCGGACGAGUACUCCGACGUGAUAGACGAUGUUGGGGUACGGUUCGUUGGUCAGGUCCACCCAGACUUUGCGGACAUUGCAUAG